AUGUGGCGCAAGCGCAAGGCCUCCUCACCCGCAUCUUCAAACCCUGCAGAAAACGCCAGAAAGAAAAGGUGGACAGAAGCCUUUGUCAUCUCGUCAAGUGACGACGAGAACGACCACGACGACGGAUCCAGCUUAGACGAAGACGAAUGGUACAUUAACUGCAUCCUUGACGAAACCGAAUCACAAUACCUUAUUGACUGGGAGGGCCCCUGGUCACCGACUUGGGUGAGUUGGGCGAAGCGUCUGUCUGGAAACACUGGGCCCCUGGACACAAAGUGGUAUUCGUCUAACCGGGGUACAUACGGACAGGAACCUAAAGAAAACGCCAACGAAGCCGCGAUUCAAGUGUGGGAAGAAAAGAAGAAGGCGACGAACAGGAGCCUAUCGAGGAGCCGUCCCGCUAACCUAUCGCCAGUCCAUUUAACUGACUCCCACUCUGAAAAUCGAAGCCCAGAGAGUCCCGGCCCUAUUUUUGCGGAAAGCCGAAUUGAGCCGUCGCGAUCUGACGACCGUUCGCAGUCUCCAUUGUUCGUACCGAUUGACGAAAGCUUAGGGUCACCACAUCUAGAGGAGAAUACCAGGUCUUCCGAAGUGCAUACAGUACUCGAUCAGGCGCCGUCUUUCUCCCAGGAGUUGAAUGGUUGCCCACCAGAGACAGUCUUUUCACAUCAGUCGCAGAACACAGGUCAAUCGCUUGAACAAAGUUUAAACCCCAAACCAAUACACUUGGAACGGAAAACCUGGGCAUCUGAGGCCAUCGAAGCCGUCGCAAUGGACGACCCUACGAGAGACAGAGAAACGCCAUCUCUGGCGGAGACCAUGGAGAAAUAUAGCCAAUUCGAGGGUUCAACGCCAUUGGAAAAGAUUCGAAAUGCACAUGCUCAAAUACGUGCGAGGACCAACCCUGGAACUCCUUUGAAUGCCGAUGCUAGCGUCACUCCGUCCUCGGCUGGAGAUAUUGAGCCAUCGCCUUCGUUGCUCGUACCCGAAAUUACAGCACCUCUUAGCGUCAGAGUUGAUAGAGAAGGCGCUCCACACGUAACUCACGCUGAGGGAGAAUUGGAUGCUCCCGGCUCGAUAGUACGACCCACGGAAAUGGGUCCUCCUCAACAACCUAUUUUGCAGACAAUCCAACCCAGCGCCCUGACAGUUAGCCAUCAAGAGCAAGCGAUGCCAGGCUCUGUCCACCUUGGGCCAUCAGAAUUUGCCGUGCCCCUCCCUAUGGAUUCAAGGGUCAAGGAUGAUUACGAACGGAUAUUGAAAGGCGACGCUCAAAGCAUCGACGAGUAUCUUAAGACGUUCGCGCUCCAGGCCGAAACAUCCAGGAUAGAGCAAGAGCGUCUGAUUCCCAGAAUGAACAGCUUACUGGAACAUUUGAGCAAUGCUUCAACCCACCCUGAUCUGAAUAUUACCGAGCAUAUCAAAGACUCCGAUUCGGACCUCGCAAAAGAGGCAGCGUGGGCUGAAUAUUCCAGCGCAAAGUUCUUGCUUCUGGGAUACCUGAUCAACAAUGCUAGUAGUCGUGAUCUACACUUGGUCAUCAUGGUACACGGAGCAAAGACUCUGAAGAUAGUUGAGCGCUUUCUCAUGGGGAAGGGCCUUUCGUACACGAGGCCUCGCCACGAGAUGGGAAUCGGGACGAAUUUGGAAGUCUCCAUGGUGAAAGGAUCACUGAGUUUUGGGAUCCAGUCAACAAGCGACGAUGGCAUUAUGGAGACUUAUAAACCCCCGGCUGCAAUCAUCGCACUUGACAGGUCCUUCAACCCAAAGAGUCCCUCGGUCGAACACAUGCGAACAACCUAUGCUCGACAUGGGAACCUCCUCCCCGUGAUUCGACUGAUCGUCUCAAACUCCAGCGAGCAUGUUCAGUUAUGUUUUGCCAACUACCCAGAACCCCAGCGUCUACGCUUAGUGGUUCAAUAUACCUCGCGUCUCAGAGACGUGGUAGGCGAUCUUCAGGAUGAUGCUCUAGGCGUACACGAAGAUUCUGAGGAAAUUAUGUCGUGUCUUCUCUCGGACAAUUUCAACACUCACUGGUCCUUACCUCCCAUCGAGCCACUCCACAUCGUAAGCUCUGAGGAGCUCAACUCUGCGCUAAGUACUUACCAGAUCCAACCCGAAAGCGCGCUCUUCCCUACUCCGCAGAUUCAAAAGCGCUUAUUCCAGGUGGACGAUACUACUGAACAGACACCUAAGAGGCCGAGGAUGGACGAGUCUCAAGAAGCCAGUCAAUUUACAGAAGCUUCAAAGGAAUCCACGAAAUUUCCCAGCCAAACAUUGGAUACUGAUCUGCGGACUUUGGAGUCACAUCUCGUGCAGUUGAAGACAUCUCAUGCCACUGAGCUUGAGAAACUCCAAAAAGCCUUGGCCGACGCACAAUCUCGUCUACAGGAACGAGAGGGAGUUCUCUCAUUGCUCCAACAUCGCUAUGAGAGUCGCACACAGGAAUUACACAAAGUGCGGCAAGAGCGUGAUCGCUUGGCGGAAAGCAAAGUUUUGUCUGAACAGAGGCUCGAGAAGCAGAAGGAAGACAUUAUAAAACUAAAGGAUGAGCGCACUCAGUUGAGACAUGAGCUCGAAAAGGCACGGGAAACUUUAAAGGCCGGGGGAGGAAGCAUGGCAGAAUUGGAAAAAGCGCAGGAGGAGAUCCGUCGCCUGGCUAAAGACAAUGCUUCCCUGGGGCGGAAAGCAGAAUACGAAGCAAAGCAGGCGGAGUACACGCGUGAACAGUACCAGACAGCAUCCAACGUGGCUGCGCAAUCUGGGAACGAGAUCCUUCAGCUCAAAGAGGAGAAUGAGUCCCUCAAGCGCAGGGUUGCCGGCGAUGCCAGCCGUCUCAGAGAACUCAACAUUCAGAGUGAUGAACAGCGACAUCUUGCUCGCGUCAGAGAGUUGGAAGCCCUGCUUGCAUCUCGCGAAGAUCUUUUGCGCAGAAAGGAGGAUGAGCUGCGAGAAUUUCGAAAGAACCGACCUUCCACCAGAUCAACAAGCACGCAGCCACGAAGCCCGAAGUGGACAGCGGCAAAUAGCCGUCCAACCAGCCCGGGGAUCAAUAAUCACAACGGUUCCGGUUUCUCGGGACGAGGCAGUGGAUUGCGGUUUAGCUCUGAGGUGCCUCUUUAA